ACAGCAAACCAUCUGAGCUUGGAACGGGCUGCGACCAAGAGCAGCUGCGUCCAGCGCGGCGUUCGAGUCGGCCGCGUCGUUGCGCGCGCCGACUUCCUGUCGAGCAAUACUAUAAUGGGAGCUCGAAUUGCAUGUUACGCGCAUAAUAACUGAAAGCUCUGCCCAGCCGCGUACCGGCGUAGUUCGGUCAACUCGCAUGCUGCUUUGAGUUAACUGCGCUAUUGUCAGCUCUUUCCCUGUGUGACAUAUAUAGCUGUCAUAGCAGUAAUAGAUCACCAUGCCGAAGCAGGCGGACAUUCGCCUACUGGUGCCGAAUUGCUCGGCGCAGCUGUUCUGGGACACGGUCUAUGAGCGGCCAGAGGCGACGGAGCGCUACCACAAGAGCUUCAAUGCGUCCACCUCCACCACCGUAUCCCCCUGGAGCUCCUGCCAGCGCACAGUUAACUUCACCAUGCCGUUGCGCAUGCCGGAGUUCGCCAAGAAGCUGGUGGGCCUCAGCGACGGCGUGGCGGUGCGCGAGGUACAGCGCGUGCUGUGGACCGGGCAGGGCGCCUUCAGCGUCAGCAGCGAGACGGCGGUGGGCAACAUCACAGGCGCCAGUCGCUUCAUCACCGCGCUGCAGCUGUCCGCCACCGAGGUGCCCGGGGCCGCCGCCUCCGCCCCCUCCGCCGCCUCGCCCCCGGACUCCCCAGCUGCUGCAGCCGCCGCUGCUGCAGCCGCCGCUACAGCCGCCGCCCCGCCGUCCUGCUCGCUGCAGCUGGUGUACAGCGUGCGGUGCUCUGCGGCCAGUGUGCCUUGGCCCAUGAACGCCACCAUUGAGAACCUGAUGCAGGAGAAGGCGCUGGUGUCCAUGCAGGCCUACUUGGACUGCUGCACACAGAUGCUGGAGGAGCGGGCGGCGGCGGCGGAGGCGGCGGCGGCGGUGGCGGCGGCGCGCGCCGCCAGCGAGGCGGCGGCACGCGCGGCGGCGGCGGCUGGGGAGGAGCUGCCCGCAAUGCCUGCGGACGCGGCGGCUGCCGGCGCUCCGCCGCCGCCCCUCAGCCCCGGGCGCCUCACCCGCUCCGGCCCCUCCGUGCGCUACCGCUGGCCCAGCAUCACCACCACCUCCACAGACAUUGGCGUGGGGGCCGUGGGCGGCGGCGUGGUGGGCGCCGGGGUGCCCGGCCCCUGGUCCUCAGCCGCUGGCGGCGGCGCGGGUGGCGCGGGAGGUGGAGGUGGAGGUGGAGCGGGUGGGGGUGACGGGGCGGGGCUGCAGCCUUCUGCCUUCACACGCUCGGACACGAUGUUCGGGGACGCGGCGUUCUGCGACGCAGCCGAGAGCUUCACCGGCGGCUCGGGUCACAGCAGCGGCGGCGGCAGUCCGCGCCUCAGCCUCACCGCAGGCGGCCCUGUGCCGCCGGCCGUGCUUCACCAGUCCCUCAACCACAUCGCCGCCGGCACGGGUGCUUCGGGCGUAGCUGCAGAAGGCGGCGGCGGCGCGGCUGCUGCAGCGGCAGUAGCCGCGGCGACGGCGGAGGCGCACCAGGUGGCUGUAGCAGUGGAGCGGCUGACGGCGGCUGUAGCAGCCCUGGACAAGAAGGUGGACAAGCUGAUCUCAGUGCAGCAGCAGCAGGCGUACGACAUCUCUGCCAACGCCGCGUCGGCGGCUGCUACAGCCGCCGCAGCCGCAGCGGCGGCGGCCGUGCGGCGCAACGGCGCCGCGAACGGAGGGCCUAUUGGCAGUAGCAGGGCCGGCGGCGGCAGUAGCAGCAAUGGCUGGCUGCUGCGGCUGGUGGCUGCGCUGCUGGUGGCGACACUGGUGGUGGUGGGGUACUGGAUCGCUCACCCGCACGCCACCGGGUUCCGCCCGCGGCCGCCAUCGCCCAGCGCGCCGCAGCUGCUGGUGUCGUACGGCGGAGGCCAAGGAGCGGCAGCGGCAGGAGCGGGCACGGCUGUUGGAGAGGGGAGAGUGGCGGGCGCAGGGGUGCUGCUGGGUUUGGCAGGAGGAGCGAGCAGCAGAGCGGGUGCGGGUGCAGCGCUGUCGGGAGCCGACCUGCCAUCUGGGUCGGAGGCAGGGCACACGCGCCAGAGGAGCCAGCAGCUGGGUCGCCGUGGGAGCGCGGGUGCGUCUGUGCGAGGCGGGUAUGGAGGAGGCGGAGGUGGCGCUAUGCAGCAUGUGAGGGGCUCACACCAGCAGCAACAGCUGGAGACGGGCGGCACCAGCCGUCGCAGGUAGCAGAAUGGUUCGGAUUCACAGAUGCUGCAUCGUGUCAAGCAUGAGGAUGAGCAAUUGGGAUGAAGAAUGCCUCCCGGAUAUGUUCGACAAAUCACAUGGGCAGGUUGCGGCCAUUAUUGCAUCUUGGCAGAAUACAUGGUUGUAUCCGCGUGACACUGUGCGAAGCAGGCGUAGACGAGUUCAUGAGCGCUGCGCUAGGCGUCCUUCCCGCGUGCUAGCGUGCUGCCUCGUGCUGGCGUGGGUGAGGGCGGCGGAAGCCUGGGCGAGAGCGUGUGGCGUCUCGGUGGCGGGCGGUCUGCGCCUGAACAAGCUCAUCCGGCGCUGCCUGGGCAAGAGUGCAAGCCAGUGCCAUCUUCAAUGGAGCAGCUCAUGUGCAAACGUUUCCGAGCUUGAUCGCUCGAUAGAGUCAUGAUGUCGGGCGGGACUCCGUGGGACUUCGGGAACGCGCACACUGCGAACUUCAACAACAAAAUGCAGCACUUCGCGUGACACUCAAUUGUAUUCCGCACAGUGUUUACUACUGUGCAGCAGCUGUGGACUGCUAGAAAUCACAGGUUGCUGCUGUUACUUACCGGCCCCAACUCAAGUAGAGGCCUCAACUCGUCACCAACUG